CUUUCUCGUACUCUAUUUUAAUCUUCAAUGGAAAAAAAAUAAAAGACAAGGAAAAAACGAAACGGUGUUGUAUUAAAGUGCAUACCAUAAUUUUAAGUUGUUGUUAUUAUUACUGUACAGAAUCAUUUGAUUUCUUACUUAGCAAUGUUUUCCGUCACCCUCGUUUCAUCUUGAAAUCCAGCAACCAUACAAUACAACCAACAAAAUGUCUGCGGAAUCUGAUAUGGAAUAUUCAGACAAUGAUGGGGACGACUAUGAUUACUAUGGAGAGCAAGAUGACUGUGACAUGGAAGCUGUGGAUCGAACUAAAACGGACCCAGAAUAUUUUUUAUAUACCUGCCUAAAGGUGGAAGAAGUUGAGAAAUUGUUGAAUGAAUCGAUAGAAUUGCUCAGCAAUAGCCUUCAGAUAACGCCUUCACUGGCCAAGGUGACUCUCCAUGCAUAUGAAUGGAAUGCUCAAGAGAUUAUAAAUAAGUAUAAGGAGAAUGCGAAUGAGGUGUUGGUGUACAGCCGCGUGAAGUCACGCGCUCCCGUCGCGCAGGGGGGCUCCAGUCGCUCCAGCUGUGCUGUGUGUGCCAACACUCCACCCAUACACAAGUACAGUGCCCUGGCUUGUGGCCAUUACUUCUGCAAUGACUGCUGGGCGAUGCAUUUUGAAGUGCAGAUCAUGCAAGGAGUUUCAAAUACUAUUCUGUGUAUGGCACAGGACUGUGAACUGAGAGCACCUGAAGAUUUUGUACUAUCACAUGUAACUAAGCCUGUAUUGCGGGAGAGAUACCAGCAAUUUAUGUUCAAGGAUCAUGUGAAAUCACACCCUGAACUUAGGUUUUGCCCUGGCCCCAACUGUCAGUGGAUAUUUAGAGCUUGGACCCGUGAAGGCGCUCGUCGCGUUGAGUGCCAGGGCUGCGAGCUAUUAACGUGCUUUUCUUGCGGGGCUCCACAUCACGCACCUACUGACUGUCCCACAAUUCGCCGCUGGCUCACUAAAUGUGCUGAUGAUUCUGAAACAGCCAACUACAUCAGUGCCCAUACUAAGGACUGCCCAAAGUGUCAGAUCUGUAUAGAGAAAAAUGGAGGCUGUAAUCACAUGCAGUGUGGUGCAUGCAGACAUGAUUUCUGCUGGGUGUGUCUGGGAGACUGGAAAUCACAUGGCUCCGAAUAUUACGAAUGUAGUCGCUACAAAGAGGACCCUAACUUGUCCUCGGACAGCCAACAUGCUCAAGCCAGGGAAGCUUUAAAGAAGUAUUUGCAUUACUAUGAAAGAUGGGAAAAUCAUGCUCGAUCUCUAAAACUGGAAGAACAAACUUUAGCAAAUUUAAAAAGUCGCAUCAAUCAAAAGGUGAUGGCUGGUGAAGGCACAUGGAUAGACUGGCAAUAUCUUUGGGAUGCAGCAAAGUUACUGAAGAGGUGUAGAUACACUUUGCAGUAUACAUAUCCCUUUGCAUAUUAUAUGGAUAAUGGCCCUCGCAAAGAGUUAUUUGAGUAUCAGCAAGCGCAGUUAGAAGCUGAGAUAGAAAACUUAUCUUGGAAGGUGGAGCGGGCGGAAACGACUGAUAGAGGUGAUUUAGAAAACCAAAUGGACAUUGCGGAAAAAAGACGAACUACGUUACUCAAAGAUUUUCUGGAAUUCCAUACCAAUAACGCCUCAAGCAGUAAAGUAUAAUAAUAUCAUCAUGAUCUUCAAGAUUUGUCUUAAAUAAAUAGGUACUAUAUGUCAACACAUUUGUAUAAUAUUUGUGAAAGCUAGAAUCUUUUUGUUCUGCCAAAGUAUAUUUAUUAACAUAACUUUGCAAUAAAAUAGUGAUAAUUAA